GCCGCCCCGCGCAGCGGCCCCUUCCCCGCAGCCGACGGCCGCCCGGCUGCGGGACGCCGGGACCAUGACCUCGGAGAACGACUACGACCACCUGGAGCUUCAGCAGUCCUACAGCCACUGGGACGCCUCUGACGAUGAGCUGGACAACGACAACAGCUCCGCGCGCCUCUUCGAGCGCUCCCGCAUCAAAGCCCUGGCAGACGAGCGGGAGGCGGUGCAGAAGAAGACCUUCACCAAGUGGGUGAACUUGCACUUGGCUUGCGUCACCUGCCGCAUCUCGGACCUCUACCUGGACCUCCGGGACGGGCGGAUGCUCAUCAAGCUGCUGGAGGUGCUGUCCAAAGAGAUGCUGCCCAAGCCCACCAAGGGCCGGAUGCGGAUCCACUGCCUGGAGAAUGUGGACAAGGCGCUGCAGUUCCUGAAGGAGAAGCAGGUGCACCUGGAGAACAUG